GUCCGUCAAAUCUGGCAACACCAGCCGCCCGGAACAACGCCACAGGACGUUGUGACAGCUGCAGCUCCUCGGCUAACUCCUCCAGGUGUCACAACUAUGCGUCCUUCGACAUCAGUCUGGGUGGAUAUUAUCACGUCAGGGGUCUCGAUGGGUUUCCGUCAGCGCUAGCUAGCUGAGGAGCCGGGUUAGUUAACGGGCGAGUCACAGCGUUUCAGAGCAUCUGCAGCUAAAGGUGAGCUAACAGAGCUAAAGCAGCAGCAGCAGCAGCAGCAUGGGCGAUGGCAGCGUUGCUCCCAGGUUGGGGAACAUGAAAGCGUUGCUUGGAAUAGUUGCCGGAGCUGGAGCUUCUUACGGGUUGUACAAACUCAUCACCGGGGGGAGCUUCAAGAGAAACAAGAAAAGUGCUGCAAAUGAAAGUCCUGGUGUCAGGAGCAGUCCGCCCAGUGAAGCCACCCUUCAGCCGGGCAGCCUGCUGGCCAGAGUGUCCGGACUGGAUGUCGUCUGUCCCCGACCUGUGGAUGUUGCAUCAGGUGAAGUCAUCCACCAGUCCCCCGGCAACCUGGAUCCACAGCACUUGAAAAUGCUGCUGUCAUGUCUGCAGACCAGCAAUAAUCCACAAGACAGAUGUCGGAUACUUCUUACGUUAGGGAAUUCUGCUGCCUUUACUGUGAAUCAGAAUCUUAUACGGGAAUUUGAAGGGAUUCAUAUCAUAGCUGGUUUCCUCUCUGAUCCUACGGCAGAGGUUAGAGUGCAGACUCUGAAUUCUUUAAAUAAUCUGUGUAUGAACAUCCAAAACCAGGAACAAAUAAAGGUCUAUGUGCCACAAGUGCUGGAGCUGAUUGAGAUGUCACCAGUGAACUCUGACCUUCAGCUUGGUGCUCUCAGGCUGCUGACAAACCUUUCAGUCACAGAUAAACACCAACAUUUGCUGAAGGAAUCAAUUACACUUUUACUCUCUCUACUUGUUGUGAGCUUUGAAGCAUUACAGGUUCAGGCUUUGAAAGUCCUUGUGAAUUUGUCAUCCAAUCCAGAUAUGAUGGAUGAUAUUGUUCAAUCUCAGGCACCAGCUUCAGUUGUGCUGCUGUUUGAUGCACGAACGGCCCCUGCUGUGCUUCUAAGACUGCUGACGUUCACAGGGAACCUGAAGGCCUGGAGGCCCUCUGCACAGGUGGCUGAUGAACUGAGGCGGAAGCAGGAUUGCCUCUUCCGGGUCAUGUUGGAUGAGUCUUCCCAGCUCCACAGCCGACUGGUCCAGCUGCUUUCACACCCUGAUGUUGAGAUUCAGUCCCAGGUGGCCCGCAUCUUGACAUAGACCUCCUUCUCUGCACUCUUGAUCCAUGCACAGCUUUUGCUUUCACACAUUUUACCAAAGCUAUCACUGUUCUAGUUCAAUUAUAUAUCUGUUGACAUUGAUCUUAUGAUAGAGAAGGCUGCAUAGCCUCCUGUGGAUGGAUACUCAACUCCCACUCUCACUCAUUCUCUACAUCUACAGUAUUCCCUACAUCAGUAUUAUAACCACACAUAAGUCAAUUAUCUAUUUCCCCUCACUAGCCACUCUACCCUGAUUUUCACUUCCUUACACUACAACUAACUGAUGAGCAAUGAGUGGGCAGGAAGAAACCAUUCAUACGGUAAAGAGUAAAAACAGGCCACUUAUCCCUGUUUUUUUCUUGUCAGAGUUUUCUUCUCUUUGCCAGUGACUAUUUUCCUUCAAAGAUCCACAGUGCCCUUACUUCUGAGAAUGUCGACUGCUUCCUCUGAGGACAUGCUCCAGGUGAAAUUUCUGAACCCAAACCCACUGCCAAACAUUUUCUAGAGAAAGUGUCAGAAUGAUCUGUGUAGCACAACCUCACUUUCUACCCUUCUGUGGCUCAGAGAGACACUUAAAUGGAAAGCUGAUGAGUUGUUUGCCACGUAGCAUGCCUUGGAGACCCUAAUGAAUGGCUGCACUACAGCUCUUGGCCUAGCUUAUUUAUCAACAUGUUGGUUUUAAAGAUCAUGGUCCUAAAGAUCUUUUAUGUAUGAAUUUAAUUUGAGAUCAGUGCAUCAUGAGUUUUGAGCUAAAGGGAGGUCAACGUACAGGAUGGUUGGCCUCACAUUUUGUGACAAUGUAGAGAUGCACCGAUACUGAUAUCGGUCCGAUACUGACUCAAAUAGCUGGAUUAAGUAUCUGAUACCAUUAUUUUAUGAGAUAGCAAUUCAGUAAAUUCAUAUUUAUGUAUUUAUUUUUUACAUUUUGUUUUACAAAGUUGUAAAUUAUUGUUAAAGUCAAGCCUGAUGUUCCUUUCACAAAUAAUGAUCUCAGUCUCUUCCACACAGUGAGGCAUACAGCUUAUUAAUUAAACACAGGUAUUGGAUCGGUACUCGGUAUCAGCCGAUGCCCAGGUAUCAGUAUCGGGACUAAAAAAGUCAGAUCGGUGCAUCCCGAGAUUAGAUUUAUUGAAUCACUGCCUCCCCUGAGUUAAGAAGAGCUUGUACAAGUGGUUGGGACACCUGAUGCAACGUAAGCUGACGUUGAAGGUGAACCAACCACACGUGCCAGGGAUAAAACCCCAGGUUUGAUCCAGGAUGUACUGGUGGGGUUUCAACACUUCACACCUGUGAAUCCUCCUGGGAGGAGCUGGAGGAAGUUGCAGGGGAAAAGGAUGUCUGGACUGCUAUGAUUGUUUCAGCUACCACAAAUGUCGUGCAGAUAUGCAGCUUGAAAAUGAAUGGAGGAGGGAUUGACCUCUGACAGAGCAGUCCGCAAUAACAAUAAUUGUAUAUGAGCAUUUGUAUGCAGACAAUGAUUAUUGAAUUACAACAGAGAUUGAAUGUUAAAUACAAGCCUUGUUAUGUUUAGUUAUGCAUUUUCUAUGUGUCGGAUCCACAUGUUGUCUAACUGGAGGACUUGAGUUGUGGACCCAUCUGCCGAUUUGUUAACAUCUGAAUUGCAUGAAAGAUGUGACGAAUUUAUGACAUGAGCCAGGCCAGGUGUAAAGAAAUGCUGCAUUUUUAAGUUUGGGCACUGACUUUAUUAAACCCAAAUCCUAAAUCUCUCUCAGGCAAAAUGGUUUACCAGAACAGAUACAGCACGAAGCUGAUUUACUUGUGAUCUAGAUUAUCAUAUUUAUUUAAUGAAGUUAGUCAGCAUUUGCUUAUAAAAUGAGAAAUAUGUUUGUUGUGUCUGUUUGAAUUGUUCAAUAAA